UGCACGAAAGUUAAUUCCGUGGAAGAUAUACACGAAAAGGGAAGAAGGGCUUAAAUUAAAGCCAACAAGCACAAGAGAGAGAAAGAGAAGACCCAAUAUCUAGCCCCCAUCUCUCUUUCUCUCACUCCUAGUCUGCUCCUCGAUUCCAAGGGAUCCUCAGAGCUAUAAUCUAAUUCAACAUUGUAAUCAAAAUGAACGAAAGAAAAACAAUAGACUUAGAGCAAGGAUGGGACUUCAUGCAGAAAGGAAUAACAAAGUUGAAGAAUAUUCUAGAAGGUCUUCCCGAGCCACAAUUCAGCUCGGAGGAUUACAUGAUGCUCUACACAACCAUCUACAACAUGUGUACACAGAAACCACCACAUGAUUACUCCCAACAGUUGUAUGACAAAUAUCGUGAGUCUUUUGAAGAGUAUAUUACUUCAACUGUGUUACCUUCUUUAAGAGAGAAGCAUGAUGAGUUCAUGCUGAGAGAGCUUGUUAGAAGGUGGUCAAAUCAUAAAGUCAUGGUGCGGUGGCUUUCUAGAUUCUUCCAUUAUCUUGACCGAUAUUUCAUUGCCCGAAGAUCUCUUCCGCCACUAAAUGAAGUUGGACUUGCCUGUUUUCGUGAUCUGGUAUACCAAGAGGUGAAUGGUAAAGUGAGAGAUGCUGUAAUAUCUUUGAUUGAUCAAGAGCGUGAAGGGGAGCAGAUUGAUCGAGCUUUACUGAAGAAUGUUCUAGAUAUAUUUGUUGAGAUAGGAAUGGGACAAAUGGAGUAUUAUGAGAAUGAUUUUGAAGCAUCCAUGCUUAAUGAUACAGCAGCAUAUUAUUCACGCAAGGCUUCCAACUGGAUUCUAGAAGAUUCUUGUCCAGAUUAUAUGCUCAAAGCAGAGGAGUGCUUAAAAAGAGAAAAGGACAGAGUGUCUCAUUAUCUUCAUUCCAGCAGUGAGCCAAAGCUUCUUGAGAAAGUUCAAAAUGAGUUAUUGUCUGUUUAUGCAACUCAAUUGCUUGAGAAAGAGCACUCAGGUUGUCAUGCAUUGCUCAGGGAUGACAAGGUUGAUGAUUUAUCAAGAAUGUACAGACUCUUUUCAAAGAUACCAAAAGGAUUGGAUCCUGUUUCUAGUAUGUUUAAGCAGCAUGUCACUGCUGAAGGCACAACAUUGGUUAAACAAGCAGAAGAUGCAGCAAGUACCAAGAAGGCUGAAAAGAGAGAUGUGGUUGGGUUGCAGGAACAGGUUUUUGUUAGAAAAGUUAUUGAGCUCCAUGACAAGUACCUGGCAUAUGUAAAUGACUGUUUCAUGAACCAUACUCUUUUCCACAAGGCUCUUAAAGAGGCAUUUGAAAUAUUCUGCAACAAGGGUGUUGCUGGAAGUUCAAGUGCAGAGUUACUUGCCACAUUUUGUGAUAAUAUUCUUAAAAAAGGUGGAAGUGAGAAACUGAGCGAUGAAGCCAUUGAGGACACCCUUGAGAAGGUAGUAAAGUUGCUUGCCUACAUCAGUGAUAAAGAUCUAUUUGCUGAAUUUUACAGGAAAAAACUUGCUAGGAGGCUUUUGUUUGACAAGAGUGCAAACGAUGAGCAUGAGAGAAGUAUUCUCACAAAGCUGAAGCAACAGUGUGGUGGUCAGUUCACAUCAAAGAUGGAAGGGAUGGUUACAGAUUUGACAUUGGCAAAGGAAAACCAAUCCCAUUUUGAAGAGUAUUUGAACAAUAAUCCCAAUGUCAGCCCUGGAAUUGACUUGACUGUCACUGUGUUGACUACCGGCUUCUGGCCCAGCUACAAAUCUUUUGACCUAAAUCUCCCUGCCGAAAUGGUUAAAUGCGUUGAAGUUUUCAGAGAAUUUUAUCAAACAAAAACAAAGCACAGGAAGCUUACAUGGAUAUAUUCAUUGGGUACCUGCAAUAUAAACGGGAAAUUUGAACCCAAAACAAUGGAGCUCAUAGUCACAACCUACCAGGCAUCUGCUUUAUUACUGUUCAACUUAUCGGAUCGAUUGAGUUAUCAAGAAAUCAUGACUCAGUUGAACUUGUCAGAUGAUGAUGUUGUUAGGCUGCUCCAUUCUUUGUCAUGUGCAAAAUACAAAAUUCUUUUAAAGGAGCCUAAUACCAAAACAAUCUCUCCAACCGAUUACUUCGAAUUCAACUCCAAGUUUACAGAUAAAAUGAGGAGGAUCAAGAUUCCUCUACCUCCUGUGGAUGAGAAGAAAAAGGUGAUUGAGGAUGUUGACAAAGACAGACGUUAUGCCAUUGAUGCUUCCAUUGUAAGGAUAAUGAAGAGCAGAAAGGUGCUUGGAUACCAGCAGUUGGUUAUGGAGUGUGUUGAACAGUUGGGACGCAUGUUUAAGCCUGAUGUAAAAGCAAUCAAGAAGCGGAUUGAAGAUCUGAUAACUCGUGAUUAUCUUGAAAGAGACAAAGAGAACCCCAACUUGUUCCGAUACUUGGCAUGAUGAUUGUUAAAAGCCCAAGCAUGAAAUCCUAGUAGUGCCUGUUUCUCUCUCUCUUUCUCUAACCUUAAAAGCCAAUAUGAUCUGUUUUCAUAUCUAGUUUUAUCUUGUGGAUAUAUUGUAAUAUUCUGAAUUCUGUUUUCGUUUUAGUUCACAGAUUAGACGAAUUCUGUUCCGAUUGCGUAUUCGCUUUACAUGACUGGUUUGAUGCA